AUGUUGAGGCGUUCGUACGCCAGCAUCAUUGAACGAGCGUCAAAAAGAGGCAGCAACUUCCCCAACGCGCCACAGUUUCGCUUCCUCACGGAGUUCCUCAAGCAAGCACGCCAGCAUCGACACUCUUCAUCUUUCUGGGGUUUGUCGCCAAGACGCGAGCAGAAAUUGUUGACAGGUGUCUCCUUGAAGACUCAAAGUGGACUUCAGCUAUCAACACAUCAGGAUUUUGACUUUCAACCCAGUUCAGGGCAGAUCGAUGGCAUUCUGCGAGCAAAUGAGCAGAGUGUGAUCGUGCCAUCGUAUGACGGGCUCAAUCUUGUACGAAAGUUUGAGAGCAACCAGUUGGCUGCCAACAACCCGAAUGAAGACCGCCGCAGCGCAGCCACCUGUUUGCAAGCGAAGGGAAUGCUCUUCGGCGUGUUCGACGGCCACGGCGGCUGGGCGUGCGCGCAGGCGGUCAGCGAGCGCCUGCUUAACUACAUCGCCGUCGCCAUGAUGUCCAAGCACAGCCUGGAGGAGCUAGAAAUUUGCACGGAACACGGCAGGCCCGUCCCGCCCAUCCUGCAGUGGCAUAAGCACCGCACCGAUUUGAAUCAUAACGACUCGGCUUCGCUCUACGCCCACCAUCUUCGGGUCUUCUGGCAGGAGCUGCUGGAAAGCCAGGAACACGAGGAAGGCAUGUGCCCAUCGGAUGCCAUGCAUUACGCUUUUAAGCGUCUGGAUGCCGACAUCUCUUUAGAGGCUCAAGUUCCACUGGACAACGAUAUGAUGAGGAACACAGCCAUUCAGGUCGCCUUUGCCGGGUCCACGGCCUGCGUGGCUCACGUCAGCCCAGACGGCAUCUACGUGGCAAACGCCGGUGACUGCAGAGCGGUGCUGGGCGUUCAAGAGGAGGACGGUUCGUGGACCGCUGUGCCCCUCUCGCAGGACCACAACUGCCACAAUUUGGCUGAGCUCCAGCGAAUCAGGGCCGGGCACCCGCCCUCGGAAAGGGAGACUGUAGUCACGGACGACAGACUGUUAGGGGUAUUGAUGCCCUCGCGAGCGUUUGGAGACGUGAGAUUCAAGUGGAGCCACGAGUUGCAGAGGAGUAUUUUAGAGUGCGGUGCUGACGUAUAUGACUACACCCUGCCCAACUAUCUGACGCCGCCCUACCUGGACGCCGUUCCAGAGGUGACAUACCACAAAGUGGGGGCGCGGGACCGUUUCCUGAUCCUCGGUACCGACGGCCUGUGGGACGAGCUGAGGAGCCAAGACGCCGUUCGGUUUCUUGGCGAGCAUCUGAGCGCUGCCCAACUGCAGACUCCCGUCGCUCAGUCGGAGCGUCGGCUUAAGCUGGGUCAGCUACACCGGCUGCUGCUCAAGCGUCAGUCCCGCGCCCAGCCCGCUCCGGACGCCAACGGCGCCACGCACCUGAUCCGGCACGCGCUGGGCACCGGUGAGUACGGCGAGCUGUGCUACGAGAGGCUGGCCACCAUGCUGGCCCUGCCGCAGGACUUGGCCCGUAUGUACCGCGACGACAUCACCGCCGUCGUUGUCUAUCUCAACACGGACUUGCUAGCUUAA